AUGUCACAGAAAAAAGACCCCCAGGUCUGGGGACCACCACCGAGCUACGAAGCAGCCGCAAAUACAAAUCACCAAGGUGACCCUCCACCAUAUCACAACUGGCAAGAAGCCGUACCAGAUACCUCAGUCUUCCCCCCUCCCCCUGUCUCAGGGUACUACAGCUCAGGAGCAGGAAACGCAUCCAGUGACGAGGCCGAACGAGCCCACCAGUUCUGCGACAAUACCCCGCUCUGGAUCCCCAGCAGACCAUCCGAGGCAGUCUACAGUUCCGUCCAACAUCAUGACCUACGCCCAGUUCGCCAAAGAGAGUACGCCGGAGAUCUACAACUAACCAAUCCCGGGAAAUGGCGGGGACGUACCUUCGACGGAAACGGAGACUGCCUAGUCCUCACACAUCUGCCGCUGUACUUUGCCGCGGAGGAUUCGCCUUUCAUCCGAGAAACGCCUAAGACAAUCUACUUUGAAGUGAAACUGCUAGCACUCCGAUCUGGCCCGGGAGCUGACGCGAGUGGCUUCUCGAUCGGGUUCGCAGCUCAGCCCUAUCCCUCCUGGCGAUCUCCCGGAUGGGAGCGGGGAAGUCUAGGAGUCUUUUCAGAUGACGGGUGUCGAUUUGUGAAUGAUUCGUUCGGGGGUCGGGAUCUAACAGCCCCAUUUAGAGUUGGUGAGACCGUUGGGCUCGGCAUGGUCUUUGCUCUUCCUGAUCUUGAGUCUAAGUCUAGCGGCGAUAUGAAGUCCGAGAAAGGGAAAGUUAUAUGCAAGGUGGAGAUCUUUUGCACUCGGAAUGGACAUCGGGUCGGGGGGUGGGACUUGCACGAGGAGGUGGAUGAGGAUUCCGGGGGUGUUCAGGGCUUGCAAGGGGACUAUGACCUUUAUGGGGCCAUUGGACUGUUCGGUGGCGUCGAUUUUGAGACUUGUUUUGACCCUGCAGGAUGGCUUUGGAAGCCCGCUGUGUAG